AUGUUGAAAUUUUUCGCAGGUAUUACAGCAGUGGCGCUGACCUUGAUAGCCAUGCCAGUGACUUCACAAGGAACGUACGAGUGCGACUUGCCCGGAGAUUCUAUUGAAGUCUUCAAAGACGGAUUCAACGCUGAUCUUGUCGACAUUGGAGGAUGCAAGCAGUACCAGAAGGGCAUGGAAACCUUCUACGACUGUUUCGCGGAAUCCAAUUUUAACAUCCGCAGGGGGAUUGAUUUCGCGAAAUGCUGGAAUGGCGAUGUUAAUUGCACCAAGGCAUACGAACAAACGGGCAUAUGCAUCAGCUGGAAAUGCACGAUGGACAAAAAAAAGUAUGAUCAAUUAAUCGCUGACGAUAUUGGUGUGAUUGGUUGCAAGUACUAG